UUGGUCCGCCACUGAAGUGUAACUACACGAACGAAUCGAACAUAACCAUUUGGGGGUUCCAAUCAGCUGUUCACACCAAUUGAAUAACAAACUCCCGCAUUACUAUUCUGGAGGAAUCAUGAAUCAAUUGACCAGCAAAAUUGGUGGUUUUGUAUGCCAAAGUGUACAAAUUGCUGGCUGUGGACUGCAGCAAGUACGUACAAAAUAUGCCGAUUGGCGAAUGAUACGUGAUGUGAAAAGACGUAAAUGUGUAGCUGAAAAUGCCAACGAACGACUACGAGUAAAUGCACUGCGUAAGAAUGACAUCCUACCUGUGGAAUUACGUGAAGUGGCUGACGCCGAGAUAGCUGCCUUCCCACGAGAUUCGUGUUUAGUACGUGUACGUGAACGUUGUGCGCUUACUUCACGUUCUAGAGGUAUUGUGCACAGAUAUCGUCUAAGUCGUAUCGUAUGGCGACACCUAGCUGAUUAUAAUAAAUUAUCAGGAGUUCAGCGCGCUAUGUGGUAAAUUACAAACGAAGGUGCACUCAUUUAUUAUAAAGUACUAUGUUGUAAAUAAAUUUAAUACAUGUAUUUAAAAAAAGAG